AUGAAUUAUUUUUUGUUAGAAAAUUACAGUAAAGAUAAACCAUUAAAGAUUAACAAGGUUAAUAACAGAACAAUUUUAACAGUAAGUGAUGGAGAAUUAGUUUAUAAAGGACAAGAGAAUAAUUCACCAGUCAACUUUGCAUAUGUUAAAAGUGAUAGUAAUCAAAUUUUUAAAAAGUCUGAUUUAGUAGAAACAAGACUGUUUAAAAUGGAAUUGAUUUAUGAGAAACCAGAUGUUGUUAAAGAUGAAGUCAAGUUUGAUGAUUUUAUUAAAGAUUUUGGAGAUAAAAAGAGUAAAGACUGGCUUAAGAAAAGAGACAUUACUAAAACAUACAAAUAUCAAACAAUCAAGUUUGCUUCUAUGAAUCAGUUACUUCCAGAAUUCAAUUCAAAUGCUAAAACACCAGCUGAUGCAUACAAUCUUAAACUUAUGUUUAAUAGUGAUGAGAUUAUGAAAUUUAAUCUUAUUGAAAUAAAAAAAGAAGAUUUAGAUAAGUAUUUUGAAUUAAUUGAGAUUAAUGACAUGUUUUUAUUAGCAGUUUUAGAUUGUUUGUAUAGAAUUUUAGAUCUUAAACAGGUAUUUAAGAAUGACAUUCCUGAGAGGUAUAAUUUCUUUUUUGAAAAUAUUAAAGGUGAUGUAGUUAGGAAUAAACUGACCCACAUCGCUAAAGACAGAUUAUUGAUUAAGUUUUAUAUCAUACUAUUUAUGGCAGUAGAUUAUAGAUUGGAUUUUAAUAAAAUACCAAGAUUUGGUUUAUCAAGAGCUAGAGUAAUCAAAUUACUUAGAACAAUUGGAUGCACAAUUCAAAGGAAUGAUAAAGUUGUGUUAGAUAAAAUGCCCGACACUUUUUUAAAUUAA